AUGAGACGAACUUCAGUGUCCCUGCCGACCCGAAACGCUCCUGCAUUCGACCCAUUCGAAAAGCCAAACCGAUACACGACGACGGGCGCAAACAAGAGCGCCGCAGCCAAGCUGGAGAGCAUAAAAACCGCCUGGAUGACGCAAAGUCAGCGAUCCAGAUAUUUGAAGACGGGGGGUGUCUUGGUCUUCAUCGUCUUCUUAAUUUAUUACCUGUCUCCGUCGGGGACAGAUGCGAUCGGUGGAGUUUCAAGUGUAGGAAAUGCAGGAGGACAGACGGUUACCGACCCAAAAGCUGGAACGACGAAGUGCUCAAAGUCCAGCGACAAGUCAAAGCCGCUGAUCCAAUAUGCGCUCAUGAUCGAUGCGGGUAGUACCGGGUCUCGAAUCCACGUAUACCGAUUUAACAACUGUGGCUCGACACCAGAGCUCGAGGAUGAGGUGUUCAAGAUGACCGAGAAGAAGCCUGGUGGAUCAGGGCUGAGCUCCUACAAGACUGAUGCCGAGGGAGCUGCGCAAAGUCUGGAUGUCCUCAUGGAUGUUGCCAUGGAAUCCGUUCCCGAUAGCUACAAGCGCUGCACGCCCGUCGCAGUCAAGGCGACUGCUGGACUUCGUCUACUUGGCCCGGAAAUGAGCCAGAAGAUAUUGGAUGCCGUACGAACCCGACUGGAGACCAAGUACCCCUUCCCAGUCGUCUCUAAGGAGCAAAACGGCGUCGUCAUUAUGGAAGGUAAAGAUGAGGGCGUGUACGCAUGGAUCACGACCAACUAUCUCCUCGGCAAGAUUGGAGGACCCGACCACAGUGAUACAGCAGCCGUCUUUGACCUGGGUGGAGGAUCUACUCAAAUCGUGUUCGAGCCAACCUUCAAAGGUGCAGCUCCCGAGAAAAUGGCCGAGGGAGACCACAAAUACAGUCUCAAUUUUGGUGGCCGCAAUUUCGAGCUUUACCAACACUCUCAUCUCGGCUACGGGCUCAUGUCCGCACGUGAAUCCAUCCACAGGACCCUAAUCGAAGACAUCCACGACUCGUCUUCUACAGAUUCCUCCUGGACCUCGCAGCCAGUAAUCAACCCUUGUAUUGCGCCAGGCAUGGCCCGUACCGUCGAAGUCAAGCUCUCAAAAGGCCACUCGCUCGGAGAGUCAAUCAGCGUCAACAUGACAGGCCCUUCGUCCCCAGCACCAGCGCAAUGCCGCAAGCUCGCGGAGAAGAUCCUUUUCAAAGAAAAAGAUUGUUCGCUCGCCCCUUGCUCAUUCAAUGGCAUCCACCAGCCCUCUCUCGAGAAGACAUUUAGCCAAGAAGAUAUCUACGCCUUCUCGUACUUCUACGACCGCACCGAGCCCCUUGGCAUGCCGGAAUCCUUCACGCUGAAAGAGAUGCACCGCCUGGCCGAGCAAGUCUGCGGCGGCGAGAGCAGCUGGGACGUCUUCACCAGUGUGCCGAAGGCCAUCGAGGAGCUGCAGGGCCGCCCGGAGCACUGUCUCGACCUGAACUUCAUGCUGGCGCUCCUGCACACGGGCUACGAGAUGCCGAUUGACCGCGAAAUCAAGAUUGCGAAGAAGAUCAAGGGGAACGAGCUCGGGUGGUGUUUGGGCGCUAGUCUUCCCCUCUUAGCAAAGGGCUCCGGAUGGCAAUGCAACGUCAAGGAAAUUUCAUAG